CGCUGCUAAAGCGGGCUCUUCGAGGGAUCGGCGUCACAUGACUCCGCCUGCCCCUCGCCAGCGCGCAGCUCGCCAGUCCCUCAGUUUGCCCGGCGCCAGGGGAGGGUCGGGAGCCAUCUCCAGGGCCCGGGGGCUCUGCGAAGCGGGGAAGAGGUUCUGGAGGGGAAUGGUACAUCCGGAUUCCAGCAGCCGCGGCUCGGCGCCAGAUCCCGGACUGUAGAAAUUUGGGGGGAGGGGAGAGCGACAAGGAGCGAGCGAACGCCUGAGAGAGGCAGCGCGCAGCGCGCACGGACAGGGGCUGCCGGGUGCCGCGCGGAGAAGAUGUAAGCGCGUGGAGUCUAGCUGGCCUCCGAGCACCAUGCAGAAGGGGAUCCGGCUGAACGAUGGCCACGUCGCGUCCCUGGGACUGCUGGCGCGCAAGGACGGCACGCGCAAGGGGUACCUGAGCAAGCGGAGUUCGGACAACACAAAAUGGCAAACCAAGUGGUUCGCGCUGCUGCAGAACCUGCUCUUCUACUUCGAGAGCGACUCGAGCUCGCGGCCCUCGGGGCUCUACCUGCUGGAGGGCUGCGUCUGCGACCGCGCGCCCUCCCCCAAGCCUACGCUCUCGGCCAAGGAGCCGCUGGAGAAACAGCAUUAUUUCACGGUUAACUUCAGCCACGAGAACCAGAAAGCCUUGGAGCUGAGGACAGAGGACGCCAGGGAUUGUGACGAGUGGGUGAUAGCCAUCGCUCACGCCAGCUACCGGACCCUGGCCACAGAGCACGAGGCAUUGAUGCAGAAGUACUUGCACCUGCUGCAGAUCGUGGAGACUGAGAAGACGGUGGCCAAGCAGCUGCGGCAGCAGAUCGAGGAUGGGGAGAUUGAGAUUGAGCGGCUGAAGGCAGAGAUCGCAUCCCUGCUCAAGGACAAUGAGCGCAUCCAGUCCACCCAGACUGUCACCCCCAACGACGAAGACAGUGACAUCAAGAAAAUCAAGAAGGUGCAGAGCUUCCUGCGGGGCUGGCUGUGCCGGCGCAAGUGGAAGACCAUCAUCCAGGACUACAUCCGGUCGCCGCACGCCGACAGCAUGCGGAAGAGGAACCAGGUGGUGUUCAGCAUGCUGGAGGCCGAGGCCGAGUACGUGCAGCAGCUGCACAUCCUUGUCAACAACUUCCUGCGCCCGCUGCGGAUGGCCGCCAGCUCCAAGAAGCCUCCCAUCACGCACGACGAUGUCAGCAGCAUCUUCCUGAACAGCGAGACCAUCAUGUUUUUGCACCAGAUCUUUUACCAAGGCCUGAAGGCCCGCAUCUCCAGCUGGCCCACUCUGGUCCUCGCCGACCUGUUCGACAUCCUGCUGCCCAUGCUCAACAUCUACCAGGAGUUCGUCCGCAACCACCAGUACAGCCUGCAGAUCCUGGCGCACUGCAAGCAGAACCGCGACUUCGACAAGCUGCUGAAGCACUACGAGGCCAAGCCCGACUGCGAGGAGAGGACGCUGGAGACCUUCCUCACCUACCCCAUGUUCCAGAUCCCCAGGUACAUCCUGACGCUGCACGAGCUCCUGGCCCACACCCCUCACGAGCACGUGGAACGCAACAGCCUGGACUACGCCAAGUCCAAGCUGGAGGAGCUGUCCAGGAUAAUGCACGACGAAGUAAGUGAAACAGAGAACAUCCGGAAAAACCUGGCCAUUGAGCGCAUGAUCAUUGAAGGCUGUGAAAUCCUCCUGGACACCAGCCAGACCUUUGUGAGACAAGGAUCCCUCAUCCAGGUGCCCAUGUCUGAAAAGGGCAAGAUCACCAGGGGGCGCCUGGGGUCUCUGUCCCUAAAGAAAGAGGGCGAGCGACAGUGCUUCCUGUUUUCUAAGCAUCUGAUCAUCUGUACCAGAGGCUCUGGUGGGAAGCUUCACCUGACCAAGAAUGGAGUCAUAUCCCUCAUUGACUGCACUUUAUUGGAGGAGCCAGAAAGCACGGAGGAAGAAGCCAAAGGAUCCGGCCAAGACAUAGACCACUUGGAUUUUAAGAUCGGGGUGGAGCCAAAGGAUUCCCCACCCUUCACAGUCAUCCUUGUGGCCUCAUCCAGACAGGAGAAGGCGGCGUGGACCAGUGACAUCAGCCAGUGUGUGGAUAACAUCCGGUGCAAUGGGCUCAUGAUGAACGCAUUUGAGGAAAAUUCCAAGGUCACUGUGCCGCAGAUGAUCAAGUCCGACGCCUCCUUAUAUUGCGAUGACGUGGACAUUCGCUUCAGCAAAACCAUGAACUCCUGCAAAGUGCUGCAGAUCCGGUAUGCCAGCGUGGAGCGGCUGUUGGAGAGGCUGACGGACCUGCGCUUCCUGAGCAUCGACUUCCUCAACACCUUCCUGCACUCCUAUCGCGUCUUCACCACCGCCGUCGUGGUCCUGGACAAGCUCAUCACCAUCUACAGGAAGCCCAUCAGCGCCAUCCCCGCCAGGUCAUUGGAGCUCUUGUUCGCCAGUGGCCAGAACAACAAGCUCCUGUACGGCGACCCUCCCAAGUCGCCACGCGCCACCCGCAAGUUCUCCUCACCCCCGCCCCUGUCCAUCACCAAGACGUCAUCCCCGAGCCGCCGGCGGAAGCUCUCCCUAAACAUCCCCAUCAUCACGGGCGGCAAGGCCUUGGACCUGGCCGCCCUCAGCUGCAACUCCAACGGCUACACCAGCAUGUACUCGGCCAUGUCGCCCUUCAGCAAGGCCACGCUGGACACCAGCAAGCUCUACGUGUCCAGCAGCUUCGCCAGCAAGAUUCCAGAUGAGGGCGAUAUGAACGCUGAGAAGCCCGAAGAACUCUCAGCUCCCAGCAAGCAGAGCUCGGAAGUCUGCAUGAGGGAAGAGUCAGAUAACGAUCAAAACCAGAGUGACGAAGGUGACACUGAGACAUCACCAACCAAAUCGCCAACAACACCAAAAUUGGUCAAAAGCAAAAAUUCCUCAGGUACAAUCCACCAACCCGAAACCACAGAGUUCCCACUCUUCUCUUAUAAUAAUGGAGUCGUCAUGACCUCCUGUCGCGAGCUGGACGGUAACCGCAGCGCACUGUCAGCAGCCUCCGCCUUUGCCAUAGCAACUGCAGGCGCCAACGAGGGCACCCCAAACAAGGAGAAGUACCGGAGGAUGUCCUUGGCUAGCACAGGCUUUCCCCCCGACCAGAGGAACGGAGACAAGGAGUUUGUGAUCCGCAGAGCGGCCACCAAUCGCGUCCUGAAUGUGCUCCGCCACUGGGUCUCCAAGCACUCUCAGGACUUUGAGACCAACGACGAGCUCAAAUGCAAGGUGAUCAGCUUCCUGGAGGAGGUCAUGCACGACCCGGAGCUCCUGACUCAGGAGCGGAAGGCUGUGGCCAACAUCAUCAGGACUCUGACCCAGGACGACCCGGGGGACAGCCAGAUCACGCUGGAGGAGCUCACACAGAUGGCUGAAGGCGUGACGGCCGAGCCCUUUGAAAACCACUCAGCCCUGGAGAUCGCGGAGCAGCUGACCCUGUUGGACCACCUGGUCUUCAAGAAGAUCCCUUAUGAGGAGUUCUUCGGACAAGGAUGGAUGAAACUGGAAAAGAAUGAAAGGACCCCUUAUAUCAUGAAAACCACUAAGCAUUUCAAUGAUAUCAGUAACUUGAUUGCUUCAGAAAUCAUCCGCAAUGAGGACAUCAAUGCGAGGGUGAGCGCGAUCGAGAAGUGGGUGGCCGUGGCUGACAUAUGCCGAUGCUUACACAACUACAAUGCUGUUCUGGAGAUCACCUCAUCCAUGAACCGGAGCGCAAUCUUCCGGCUGAAAAAGACGUGGCUCAAAGUCUCUAAGCAGACAAAAGCUUUGAUUGAUAAACUCCAAAAGCUUGUGUCGUCAGAGGGCAGAUUUAAGAAUCUGAGAGAAGCUCUGAAAAAACAGAUGUUCCACCCAUCUGUGCUGUCCGGCCGUCUCUCCUCCGCCUGGGCUCCGCGGAGCCCCCGUGGACGGUGCUUGUGGGGAGCUGCCCCCCCCGUGCAUUCACCAACCUGUCCGUCCGCCCGCAGCGUGCUGCCCCAUCAGCCUCCUUCACAUGGCUUCCUCGCCCACCGCCGCCGCUGCCUCCGCUGCGUCCGUGGUCCCCCAUUCUGUCCGAGUCCCCAUCCUGACUGUCUUCCCUCUUUCAGGUUACCCGUGGGCCUAUGUAAGUGCCUCUCCCAGACGCCUCUGCUCCCUGCCCCACGGGGCGGAGGUGACCUUCGGGCAUCUGGGCGCUAAGACCUUUAUGCAAACCAGGUUCCUGCCUUACGGAGAUAUAGGCCAAGCCAGGCAGGGGAAGGACAGAUUGGGGCAAACGUUUCUGCACUCUUUCUUCGGAGGCACUAAGGUUUAUACUUAGAGCGGUGUUGUGUCAGGGUUUGGGGGUCGUCUCACCAGGCAGGGGACGGGCCGGAGGGAGUGGAGUGAGGUGGUGGGCACCGCUGGUGACCCACCCAGACAAGGAGCCCAUGACGGACCCCACCGUGUAGGUCCUCAGACCCAUUCUGAUGUCCUGGGCAUCCUUUUUCGCCUAUUAUAUCAUUCAGCCUUGUGCCAGCACCCAGGGUAGCACGUGACCUUUUCCCUUUACCCCCAAAUCCUCCCUCCCGUCCCCGGCCACUCUCUUAAAUAUCCCCUGGCCCACCUACAAUGCUUCAGUCCCCUGCCCGUGCGCUCCCAGAUGGACAUUAUCUCCUCUUCUCAUUCCCCAAACCACACCCUGGUCCAACCCACGAGACUGUCCCCUCCUCUCAGCUGCCCAGAGACCAGAACCUUCCCACAGCUCCAGCCAACAACAUUUGGCUGAGGGCUAACUACGUUCGGCAGUAAAACGUGGUCACCGGCUCUUUGGGGGCCAGUUCCAGUUUUGCCCGUCCAUCUACUCUGAUGGGCUCAUCUGCACCUUUGUCUUUAGCUUGAAUAGGAUGCCCACGGAAGGAACGCAGGGACCGGGCUCUCACUGUUAGCUGCUGCCAUGAAAGCCCUUCCCCUCUGUUCCCGUCAGUGGAGGACGGGAACAGCUCUGGAGGGGCGAGUCUGCUAGCGGACCAGCAGGUCACCCCGCAACCACCUCCAAAGGGGGGGGACAUCCAUCUAUCUACGUGGAUAUGAUGGAUCCAGAGUCCUGGAGUUCCAGAGUCUCAGGGGCUCCGACAAGACCAAAUACCCGUUUCCAUCUUUAUUUUCUGUCUGUGGCCACAGAGCAAAGCCCAGUCUCUUGCUAAUGAGACAACAGAGCAGGGUGUAUCCAGGAGGCAGAAAGUAAGACUGGACCCCGAGCCCCACCCACACUGCCAACACACUGCCAAAAAAAAAAAAAAAAAAAAAUUUUUUUUUUUUCCCCAUAACCUGCGUACCUGAUUUCCCUGCACCCCAUGCCAGAACUGAGACCUGUAAGGGAGAGCAGCCCAUCCCACGGCUGGGGCGGGGUGGAGGAGAGGGCUGACCCGUGCUGUCACCGCCCGUUUCCUGGGGUCUGGUGGAGUGCCCCUGGGGCAGCUGCAUCUCGCUUUCAGUUGCCGGUAACAGUUAAUUUCUUUCAUCCCCCUUGACAUCAGCAGGAAUUUCUUGGUAGAAACAUCAAGUGCGGGGGCCCCAAACAACCACAGACAAGAUCCAGAUGCCAGGUGUCACCACGUCUAGGCGCUGCCCGGAACACAAGGAGCACAGCUUUUAGGAUGGGGGAUGGGGCACUUUUCUUUCUGCUCCCUGAAACGUCAGACAUAGGCAUGGCGGGGCUCUGCCGAAAGAGGAAGCCCCCCCUCAUUUCAGCCUUGUUGGCCCCGCCCUGAUCCAAGGCAAGGCUGGAUCCCUCCUGACAGGGGCCAGAUGACCACAUGGAAAGUUCAGAGCUAGCCGUAGGUUGGGUGUUUUGCCUACACGAAGCCCCUACCGUGCUCCCCUGCUCGCUCAGACACUCAGCAUGGUCUGUCUCCACGCAGUGGUGCCCUUUGGGGGCCCUCCACCAGCCCCGUGUACCCCACACCUGUCCCCACCGCCCCCUACACUGGCCACUCCGACAGCCCCAUAUAUUUACCUACGUGGCUCUGGAUUUUGGUUGGUUGGGUGUGUGUGUGUGUGUGUACAUGACUGAAUUAAGGGUGGUGUUCCCUGGACCCCUCACCGUGAAGGUAGCAAACGAACAGAGUUUGGUGCUGGGGCUGGCAGUGCUACUCACAGUGACUAAAUUGCCCAUCCAUCACCUUUCCACAACUGGAUCAGAAACCCCAGUAAAUACCUCAGAGAGAUCCACCUCAGUGACCAGAGGACUCCCAGACUUCUUUCACUGGUCUGGGUGGUCAGAGGCCCUGUGAGGCAUCCAGAAACACCCUGCGUCCUUCAGUCAUUCACAGGCAGCGAGCAGCACCCGGCCUCCCCUUCUGCCUCUAUCUGAGAUAAGAGGUCCUUCGAGCUCUGCAGGCUACCUGGUUCCCAUCAAGGGCAGGGGGAGUGCGGUGCCCCCCAGAACCUGCCGGUCAGCACACUGCCUCGGCCCUCCAGCUCCAGAGCGGCUGCUCAGACCUUUGAACUCUUUCUCCGUCACAUCCACCAGCCUGUGCUCCAGACUUGGAGUUUGACGGAAAGGAAAUGCAAAGCCAGGCAUGUAGCAAUCAUGGACUAUACUGGCCAGAAGGACCCAGAGAGGUCUGCCAGUGACCAGUAGGAUUCUUGCUUUUUUUUCUUUUUCACAACUCACAGUAAAAAAAAAAAAAAAAA